AUGAACGAAUUACCGCCAGUUCUUUCUUUAAAUUCUACUACCAUAUCUGCUGAUGAUAUUAACCUCUUUUACGAAACUAAAAAAGAUUUUAGUAAUAAUACAGCACGCAUAGACCUGCAUGGGUAUUCUGUUGAGGAGGCGCAGUAUAAUGUAAAACGUAUUAUUAAAUUUCUUUAUUCUAACCAAUAUUGUUAUACAAUAUUUUUCAUUACUGGAAGAGGAAAACACGUUAAUAAAAAAGGUGAACGUGGUAUUCUAUUCAAGCUAUUCCCACAAUGGCUGAGAGACGAAAAUAUUUCUCACAUGAUAGAGAAAUACGAACCCCAAAUAGGGGUAUAUGAAGUCACUUUAAAGAAAAAAAAUAUGGAAUCUCAACUUGUCUUGAAAUUUGAAUUUCUUCGUUCAUUAGCAGAAAUGGGUUUACCCAAUUAUCAAUUUUAUCUUGGUGUAAAAUAUUAUAAUGGUAAUGGAAUUAAAAAAAACGACAAAGAAGCAGCAAAAUGGUUUCGAAAAGCAGCCGAACAAGAUUUGUCCCCUGCACAACUUAUGCUAGGUUUUUUGUAUAUGAUGGGGAUGGGUGUGCAACGUGAUGUUCAGCAAGGAUUACAUUGGUAUCAUUUGGCUGCAAGACAAAAUAAUUCAAUUGCUAUGAAAAAUAUUGCGUAUCAUCUUUUAACCGAAAAGGAUUACAAAAAUGCAAAAGAUUGGCUUUAUAAGGCAUAUGAAGCCGGUGAUGCUGAAUCCGCAAAUCAAAUUGGCAUCAUGUAUAAUUUUGGAAUAGGAAUCUUACCUGCUGAAGCUGGUGACAAUCAUGGAAAAGUAAAUCUAGGAACUCAAUUAUUAAACAAUAAUAAUAAAGAAGGAAUCAAAUGGAUUAGAGAAGCAGCUAUAGAAGGAUUAGCUGACGCACAAUUUCAUUUGGGAGAAGCCUAUUUAUUACAAGGCGAUGUUGAUGAAGGAAAAAAAUGGCUUUUAAAAUCAGCUAUGCAAGAUGCGGGUGAACCUAGUGGACGUGCACAGCUUGUCAUAGGAAGUCUUACAGACGAUUCCAAACAAAAAUUAGAAUGGUAUCAGAAGGCUGCCGAUAACGAUGUAAAAUUGGCACAAAAAGAGCUUGCGAAAAUGUAUCGUUCUGGAUCUUAUGGUCUUAUAAAGGAUGACGCUAAAGCGAUUAAGCUGUUUAACGCGGCUGCCAAAACCAUAAAGCGUUAUGGUUAUGAUGAAAAAGGAAAUCAAUAUGCACAGUAUAUUUUAGGAGAAUGCUAUGAGUUAGGAUUAUUGAAAGUAAAGAAAAAUCCUAAAAAGGACUUAAAUGGUAUAAAGAAGCUGCAAAACAAGGAUAUAUGCUAG